AUGGGCAGCAAGAUGGCUUCCGCCAGCAGGGUCGUGCAGGUAGUGAAGCCACAUACUCCAUUAAUAAGGUUCCCUGACAGAAGAGACAAUCCUAAACUCAGUGCCUCAGAUGUUUUGAGAUCUGCUGGGCUACCCUCUCACUCCUCUGUAAUUUCACAGUAUUCUAAAGGAAGCACAUCCCCAGACCUGCUGAUGCAUCCGGGGCCACCAGACACUGCAGAAAUACUAAAAACAUUACCUCACAAGUACAGAAGGAAACCUAUAUCUCAAGAAGAAAUGGACUUCAUCCAGCGUGGAGGUCCAGAAUGACCGCUGUGGCUGCUGUUUGUCGCCAGACAAAAGGAUUAUCUUUACAAUAAAGGACUUCCAAAAUGUCAAAUGAAAAUUGUAUAUUAAGCAACCUUAAUAAAUAUUCU